CUUUUUGCAACAUGCGCCGAGUUCUGUCGACAACCAUUGUCCGCGGCACCGCCCGCUCGCUGCUUCUUCGGUCGCAACUGUGCCACCCGCUUGGCUGCGUGUCCUACUCCAAUUCUGCCCAGCUACUUCAUCGGGUGUAUGUGGGGAAUAUCCCGUACCGAGUCACGGAAAGCGACCUCGCGUCGAUCUUUUCGCAUUGUGGCGACAUCGUGCACCUAAACAUCGUCAGGAACGUCGUUACACAGCAGUCCAAGGGCUUUGGGUUCGUCGAAUUUGAUUCCCCAGAAGGUGUCGACGAAGCCCUCCGAUUGACGGGCACCGUCGCCGCCGGUCGUUCGCUCGUGGUCAAGACCGCGACGCCGUCGCCAGCCGAUACAUUCGCCGAGCGCAUUCCGCCCCCGCCUCCAUCCUCCCAAUUGUCGUCGGCCAUCUCGGGCCCCAAUCCUUCCCGAGUGUAUGUAGGCAAUCUCUUGUACAGCAAGACGCCAGCGGACAUCGCGGCGCUCUUCCACGCAUGUGGACCCAUCAAGUACCUCAACGUCGUCUGCGAAUCCAGCACAGGGCGAUCCAAAGGGUACGCGUUUGUCGAGUUUGAGUCCCCGUCCUGUGCCGAAGUGGCGCUUCAGAUGCAUGGCGCGAUCGUGGACGGCCGCACGCUUAUCGUGAAGGACGCUGCCGAGAACAAACGCGAGCAGAAGCACCCAGGGUUCGAUGUCGCGCCCGUGCCCGACACGGUGUACGUGGCCAACUUGCCCGAAGACGUCCUGGAAGACGAUCUGCGCGGCAUGUUCGACCACUGCGGUGCCAUCGACUCGAUCCGGAUCUCCCACUCGCCAGACUUCGCCCAGACGUUUGCCCAUGUCAAGUUCGCGUCCGACGAGUUCGUCGCGGCGGCGCUCGCACUCUCAGGGUCCGACUUUGACGGCGAUACGCUGCUGAUCCAUCCGGCAACCCGUCGCACGCCCAAGACCUUUUAGACACACAUUCUCGGAUAAUAACCCUGUACAAGUUUGCAGUUUUGUUUGAGGAAACCCCACAGCGACCUUGGGUGAUGAAUGCGUUGACGUGGUGUUACUGAGUGUGUACCUAUGUUAGUACUUCUAAUACUACACAGGGC